UCGCGCGCGCAGACCCAGGAGUAGUGAAUGAAAAAGGCGGGCACGCGCGUGGACAGGCUUUAUGAGAUCCCGCAGAUAGCGACGCGACACAGCGGCGAGGGACACCGGCACGAAGAGAGUUUGAGUGUUCGACGGACAAACGGGGGCAGGUGGUGAUGUUGUCGGACCGGUGACUCAUUACCACCCACGGUUUGUUUAACGGCGGCGAGACGAGGACCGGAGCGGUGACCGGGAGCACGGAGCAGUAAAGCGCACAGCGAAGCGGCGGCGGCGGCAAGAAGAGAGGGCACCAUGGGCUCCGCUUCGUCCUCCUACCGGGUCAUCUACCUGGACGUGGACGGCAGGAUCCAGAAGGUGGUGUUCAGUAGACUCUGCAGCCCGUGUGACAUCAAGGAGCUGUUCUGUACAGCCCUGGGUGUGUCAAGGAACACCAACCUGUCCCUGCUGGAUUCUUCUGGAGCGAUGGUGUCCAUCGACCCCACCAUGCCACACAACACUGACAGGUCACCGUAUCGAGUGGUGCCGAUCACUGGAGGACUGGCUGAUAAAGAGGAACUCUUUCAGAAUGUGCUGACACAGGUAGCGGAGCAGUUCUCCAGGGCGUUCAAGAUCACCGAGCUGAAGACUGAGGUCACCAACCGUCUCGCCAUGUUGGAGAAGAGAGUAGAACUGGAAGGGAUGAAGGUGGUGGAGAUUGAGAAAUGUCGCAAAGACAUCAAGAAGCUCCGCGAGGAGAUGGCCUCCAGAAACAACAGUAACUACCUCGAAGACAAUAAGAAGCUCACCCCUCGCAGAGACGUGCCCUCCUACCCAAAGUACCAUCUGUCUAAGGAGACAGUAGAAGCUCUUAGAUUGCCUACAUUCGAUGCUUGGCAGUGGGAGCCUAAUGAGAUGCUGAGCUGUCUGGAACACAUGUACCAUGACCUGGGCUUGGUCACAGAGUUCAACAUCAACCCCAUCACACUCAAGAGAUGGCUGCUCUGUAUUCAUGACAACUAUAAGAAUAUCCCCUUCCAUAACUUCCGCCACUGUUUCUGCGUGACCCAGAUGAUGUACAGCAUGAUCUGCCUCUGCAGCCUGCAGGAGAAGUUCACGCAGGUCGACGUAAUGAUUCUCAUGACAGCUGCUGUGUGUCACGACCUCGAUCACCCCGGAUUCAACAACACGUACCAGGUCAACGCCAGGACCGACCUGGCCGUCCGCUACAACGACAUCUCCCCCCUGGAGAACCACCACUGUGCCGUAGCCUUCCAGAUCUUCUCUCAGCCCGACUGCAACAUCUUCUCCACCUUUGACCCCGAGGCCUUCAAACAGAUACGACAGGGGGCCAUCAACCUGAUCCUGGCCACGGACAUGGCCCGACACGGUGAGAUCCUGGACUCCUUCAAACAGAAAGUCGACAAGUUUGACUACGCAGACGAGGAGCACGCCACCUGUCUGAAGAUGGUGCUCAUCAAGUGCUGCGACAUCUCCAACGAGGUGCGGCCCAUGGAGGUGGCCGAGCCCUGGGUGGACUGCCUGCUGGAGGAGUACUUCAUGCAGAGCGACAGGGAGAAGACUGAAGGGCUUCCCGUGGCUCCGUUCAUGGACAGAGAGAAGGUCACCAAGCCGACCGCUCAGAUCGGCUUCAUCAAGUUCGUCCUCAUCCCGAUGUUUGAGGCUGUGAUGAAGCUGUUCCCACAGAUCGAGGAGGCGAUGGUGCAGCCGCUCAGAGAGUCAAGAAACCGAUACGAAGAACUCAAACAGAUCGACGACGCCAUGAACGAGGUGCAGAAGAAGAAAAACGAGACCUUGACCAUGGGAGCGAAGAAGAAGUAAAGAUGUUUUGAAAGCAUCAGUAGAGCACCAGAGUGGAGCACUGAGACAUAAAAUGAACUGGAGUUGUCGUUUCCAUCCCUCACUUCUUCUUCUGGCGGAGGACCAGCAUGUGAUCUCCGGUCCCCCACAGACGUGUCAUGAAGUGGACGUGAGACGGCGUUACAAACUACUGAUGGACUGGCGGACCAGACGGACAAUCCAAAGCCUCUUUCAGGACAUGGCAACUGAACUUCAGUGAACAAUAUUUAGAUACAGAUCUCGCAUUGUUUUUUAUUUAAAAAGGGUUGUUUUUUUUAACAAAUUGUACAGAUUUCUAGUGACCUUUGUUCUUUACUACAAAAAAUAAAAGGAUUACUUUCAUUA